CACAUGCGACGCGCGAUUAGACUAGGUUUCACUAGUUAGCGCCGUAGUUCGCAGUCCACGUUUGCAUCACCUUCGUCUCUGCCAUCAUUGCGCCAUCCUGCUUCACCUGGCAAAUACCCCUCCGGUCGAUGGAACAGUCUGCGGCGACGACAGCAUGAGUGCGAACUCUCAUGCACCCACUCAAUCCUUUUGUGCGGGCCUUCUUCCGAAGCGCACUGCCUGCGCAAUGUCAGCCUAUCGGCCACCACAUCCUGCUUGUGCCCACGACCGAAGUCCUACUGCGAGCGAAAGAUCGCGACACGAAUACAACUUAUGCUGACCUUGCGGGUACCGAGGAGUUCCUAGCCAGUCAUGUGUUGCGCGUACCAGGAGGAGGACCACCGUUGAGCGGAGGCGGCGGCGGCGGAAAUGCGCGAGAGAACAAGAACAAGGCGAAACAGUACACCACGAUCAAUGGACGUACGGUGGUGGUUAAAGAUAGCUUUGUGUACAGCAACAAGGGUUUCAAGACGCUCAACCAGGCGCAACUACUGAGCGAUGCCAUCUACUAUCCGGAUGCUGCGGAUGGGCAGCAGUGGCUGGUGUACUUCAUAUCCCGACCUCUGAUGGGCACAUAUCAGGCGACACCGAUAGUGCCUGCUGUGAUCAGCGAUGCGCCGAGUAAGGAGCGCAAAAGCGUGCUGGCAGAAGCCUCGGGGACCUCCGGCGCAUUAGGGUCAGCGACAGUGUCAACUUCGCCGAAGAAGAAAGAGAUUAAAGGCUUUGGGGAUUUACUUGUUCAAUUCCCCAUGAUAUCGCGACAGAUGCAGAACGGGCUGGAGAAGAUCAUUCGGGAGUUCAUAGCGACCAACGACAAGCCACUACCGAAGCCUAGGUCUCGAAGCUCCUCGUUCGGCUCGCAGACAUCGCGCCCGUCCAUCAGUGAUUCUGUGUCUUCACUCAGGUCCUCGCUAUCAGGCACAAGCACUGUCCACCCUACCUAUCUCGAGCUGGAACCCGAAGAGGAAACGCUCCGGACUGCAUUGGAAACGGCCAUUGUCGCGGCCAUCGACUUGUUCCAAAAUGUGGACAAGCAGCAGUUAUCGAUCCUGGGCGCGAGCACUGAGCUUACUGGGCCGGCUGUCGAGCGUAUGAUUGAGCGCUAUGUGACUGAGCAAGUACACGACCAGAAUCUGUUCCCUCGCGUGUGUAGCAUCCGACGACCGGACGAUUCCGACCUGGAAUCGAAGAUACGCAAAAUGUCCGACAUCGACAUUGCUCAGGUUGGCAUACCUGUCGAUGAUGGGAUGCAGGCAAAGCGAGCACUUGCUGUUCGCCUGACCAAAGGUGUUCAAUUGUUCAGAAAAAUGGGCGUUGCAAGCAGUCCACAGGAGAUGUUGGACAUCCUGCUUGAGACGCAAAAAGUCAUCACUGCGCCCGACGGAACCGAUAGCUCGGGGCCAGAAGAUCCUUCUUCAUCGACUGUGGCUACUAGUCCCUUGACGAUCAAUGCCGACGUCCUCGUCUCAAUGCUUUUGAUUGUGAUCAUCCGCAGCGGCGUAAGGCACUUGCAUUCGCGCCUGUUGUACAUGCGGUACUUCAUCUUCAUUGACGAAGUCGAAUGCGGCGAACAAGGUUAUGCGCUAGCUACCAUGGAAGCAGUAUUGGCGCACUUGUCCAGUAGCUCCAAUACUUUGAGGAAAGCCAGCAAGAAGAAUCGUCUCCUAUGGCAAGCCGUCAAAACAGGGGACGUGAAAGCUUUGGCUACUAUACUGCAGGUUGACGACCUCCCGGUGCAAAACGACACCACGGACGGCUAUCCGACGGCGCUCUCGUCGGAUUCGGAAGAGGACGAUUCUGCGGAUACCUCACUUGAUGUGAUCGAGUCUAUAGAAGGGUCUAGGUCUGACGGCGCUUCUUCAGAGUUUGCAGCAAUGAAUGGUUCUCUUCAGCACGUCUUCCCCUUCCAGAGACCGCCAACGCCCCCACCCGAGCUCCCGCCGCGCAAAGCAAAGAAACACGUUUCGAUGGCAUCUCUCCCACGAAGCCACUCAGCAUCUUCUGCGUACUCCUCUCGGUCGCACUCCCGACAAAAGAGUGUUGAUUCGGAUGCUAGUUAUAACGUUGGAGGCGACUUAUCUGUUGACAAAAUUGCGCAAACUCAGGAUGCCGACGGCAACUCAGUGCUCAUGAUGGCAGUUGAGGCUGGCAAGCAUGAUGCUUUGCGGUUCUUACUGAGUCUGCCGGCACACUUCCGUGCUGAUUUCAUCCUUCAAGAUGCCAAUAACGAUGGCGCUACUGUUCUCAGUGCAGCGAUUCAAUCUGGAAAUGGAAGUGUGACAGAGGAACUAAUACACUACCUGGAGAGCAAUGUGUCAGAAGAAGAGCUACGAGGAUACAUCAGACUACAGGACAACAAGGGCCGAUGCGUUGCUCAUUAUUUAUUCCACCAGCCUCACCUGAUAAAGCGUUUUGGGAAAAAAUUGCCCUGGCGGCUAAAAGACAAGAACGGACAGACACCACUCUUUGCGAUGUGCAGAUCCUAUGACCAUGAGAAGUACCACUACAUGGUUGAGGAGGCCUUGAAGUUCGCAACCGAAACACAAGGCGACGGCGAGCCUCUGCACCUGGACGACCAUGUAGACGCGAAAGGGAACACCUUGAUCCACGUCAUGAAUGAUAUGCAGCUCACCAUGCGACUACUCCGAUAUUGCGAUUCUGAUGUCAAUGCCGCCAACGACAAGCGCUUCACACCUCUGAUGGUUGCCAGUAAAUAUGGUCGCAUAGAUUUGGUGCGAGCACUCUUUGGCGAUCCACGAGUCGACAUGACCUUGAAAGACAUUCGCGGGCUUACAGCUGUCGAGCUGGCCAAGGAUGACGAUGUCAGGAAUCGCAUUGACGACCUGACGCUGCUGUCCUCGGCGCCAGGCAAGGACGGGCGCACUACGACUGUAGUCAGAUCCUUCUUCGUGGAGGAUUCCACUGUACGGCUGGUGCUCAAAUCGGGCGCACCGAACGCGAAUGGUCUCAUUACUGUGACUACUUGUCGCAGGACAGUCGCCGACUUUGAAAAUCUGUCAAAGUGGCUAACGAUCGAGUGCCCUGCUAGCUGGAUACCGAUGCAGUUCAAUCUGACUUCGCCAUUUCUAAUCCCAUCGAAACCUUCCCGAACAGUUCUGAGGGACAUACAGAUCAGGAUGGACAACUUCUUCCGCAAUCUUCUGACGCACGGCACCUUUUCGACACACGAGCUUGUGUGGGAGUUCUUUCUGGUGCCAGAACUUGAUCCGGAAAUGCUUCUGGAGCGGAGCAAGCGCAAAGCUGAAGCACGCGUAGACAACGUCAAAGACGAUUUCGAGCCAAUAUCCGACACGCAUGAAGUCGAAAACUUUGUGGAACAUGCAAGGGAACAAAUCAAGGGUGUUGCCUCCGCCACGAAAAAAGUCAUCCGCGAGACCAACAAAUAUCGCAUGCUGAGCAACGACAUUUCGGAUGCGCAAAACCUGGCCUCAUCCGCUUUGUCUACAUUGAACUUCCUUCCUGAUCAAUACCACACUGCCAUUGCACGGUACAGCAGACUGCUCAUACCUAGCGAAGCCUCGCCUUUCGCAGGUCUGUACUACAAUCUACACGCCUUCUACUCUUCCGCAACGGCCAUUCAAUUCGCCACAAAUCGACCGGCGUACCUCAUUGGAUCCAUGCAACAAGCGCAGAGAACAAUAGAUCGCAGUAAGAACAGCAUCUCUCGAUCCAAUCGCUGGACGCCGAAUAUCGGUCUCUUUGAAGACGCGAAGAAGGCUGUGGCAAUGGAAGCUUGGGACAAAGCCGCCAAAGCUCGGACAGAGCUCGAGACGCUCGGAAGUGAACUGAGAUAUACGCAGCAGACGAUCGCAUCGGAGCUAGCUGUCUGGCAAGAAGAGCAUGUGAGGAGCGGGAAGGAGAUGUUGAGGCGUUUGGCGAGAGACACGAUUGUGAAAGAGAAAGCCAAGUUGGAGGGAAUGAGAAGGGCGUUGAGGUGUGCUAGGAAUGGCUCAGUGUCAGCACCACCAACAGCGCAUCCGAACAUGGCUUCCUCGUGAGACACGGCGAUUAGCUUGCUUCGAGGAUAUGAUCAUGGAGUUAGUGCACACUGAGGGAACAAGAGAAAAUGACAUGCUCAACGCGAGGAAUCUCCUCAUGUGUCCCAAACGAGGUCUCAUAUCCUCGCGCCGCCUCACCCUACGUUGUCUAGGCCCAUCAAUGUUAUCCACGCAAAGCCACCAACAAGGUCAAAGUAGCAGUAGCAAUUAUCACAGCCACAGCAACCAGCCGAACGCUCCUC